GUAGAUCCAGCGGCUCAUUUUUCCUUGCUAGAGAACUGUUGUCAUUCCACCAUGUCGCAAAAUUCACAGUCCAGUGACCUGCGUAACCAGGAUUGGUUCAAUCAGAUCUUUGACAUGGCACAGCCGGUUUUAAACAUUCAGCCAAUUGACCUAUCGUUCAGCGAUGAGCCACACGAAGGGGUGCCCGGGAAUAGGAUCGAGAUCAGCAUGGAUAUGGUGCGCAUGCAAGAUGUGGAGCCGGUGAAUCCAAUGUGGUAUUCACCACCGGCUGGACAGCAUCUUUCAACUGACGGGUGGAAGCCUCAGUUUACGAACUUGGGGCUCCUCAACAGUAUGGAGCAACAGAUACCGAACGGAUCAUCCUCCACCAGCCCCUACAACAACGACCACACUCCCAGCAUCACAGCACCCUCGCCAUAUGCUCAGCCCAGCUCCACCUUCGAGGCUCUCUCACCAUCACCAGCCAUCCCAUCAAACACAGAUUACCCAGGCCCACAUGGGUUUGAUGUGUCAUUCCAGCAAUCCAGCACAGCCAAGUCUGCCACAUGGACAUAUUCUCCAGAGCUGAAGAAGUUGUACUGUCAGAUUGCCAAGACGUGCCCCAUCCAGAUCAAAGUGAUGACGCAGCCACCACAAGGAGCUGUGAUCCGAGCCAUGCCAGUAUACAAGAAGGCGGAACAUGUCACGGAGGUGGUGAAACGUUGCCCGAACCAUGAGCUCAGCAGGGAGUUCAAUGAUGGUCAAGUGGCCCCACCCAGCCACCUGAUCCGAGUGGAGGGGAGCAGCCAUGCUCAGUACGUGGAGGAUCCCAUCACGGGGCGGCAGAGCGUCAUGGUGCCCUAUGAGCCUCCGCAGGUCGGCACAGAGUUCACCACCAUUCUGUACAACUUCAUGUGUAACAGCAGCUGUGUGGGGGGAAUGAAUCGCCGGCCCAUCCUCAUCAUCGUCACCCUGGAGAACAGGGAUGGCCAGGUGCUGGGACGCCGCUGCUUUGAAGCCCGUAUCUGUGCUUGCCCUGGCCGUGACCGUAAGGCAGAUGAGGACAGCAUCCGCAAGCAGCAAGUGACCGAAGGGGUAAAGGGCGUUGACAGCACCAAGCGGCUCCGUCAUGUGAACCAGGGCAUCCAGGUGGCCUCCAUCAGUAAGAAACGGCGGCCAGGAGAAGAGGAGCUCUUCUAUUUACCAAUAAAAGGACGGGACACUUAUGAAAUGUUGCUGAAAAUUAAGGAGUCACUGGAACUGAUGCAGCAGUUGCCACAGCACACCAUCGAGAGCUACCGGCAGCAGCAGCAACUUUUGCUGCAGAAACAUCUGUUCAAGGCCUGCUUUCAAAAUGAACACAUGGAGCCAAACACUGGCAAAAGGCUGUUGGUGAUGGAGAACACGCCCGCUUGCAUACAGACAGAGAACAGCUUACACAACCUCGACAAAGGGGGGUGGAACGAAGCAGCUCUAGCUCAAACAUUCCACUACAUGUAGAAAGACCGUUGUCGGAGAACUGAGCUGGAGUGUUUGGAAGAGACACAUUCCACAGCGAGUAACCCAGCUCAACUUCACUGAUGGGUGAUAUGUCUGCCUUCCCAGUCUCUACCCAGUUGCUGCUGUCCAUCCAUCAGCGCUUGUUACCAGUUUCAAUGUUCAACAUCUGCGGCUAUUUCUGUAGCCCCCUCAACUGGUGUGGAAUUGACUUCCGGUCCAGUGAGUGCGCGCCACUUAGUGAUUGCUUCUGUAACAAAAUGCCAGGUGGUUAUGGUUCUGGAUUAGCAGGGCAGAGGCCACAAAUUCAUAUCCGUGCAGUUAAACACUACAAGUUGGAUACGUCACAGCCUGGCUUUCCUCACUGGUCAGGGAAGCAGUGUUCUGGAGCAAACUCCCAAAUUGCACAGCAAAGGCCACCUGCCACCCAAACUCUUAAAGUCUUCAGCAUAAACCUGGGCAUUAGGCAGCAAAUGUUACCUUGCCAGUUUUGUUCACACACUAAAGAAAGCCAGUACUUUUAACUAAAGGGUGUGUACUGUUUGUAAGGUUAUGGAAUUGGGCGAGUCUUGUGAAAAUAUCUCUGGCUGUUCCUUCUGAAGCUACCUGAAAUGUAUCAUCCCAACUUGGUGACUUUGCUCACGUGUUUCAGUUGAGGUGGGUUGGAAAGGGAACACCUGCUGAGUGUAAUUUUCAGCAAUGUCCGAGAGACAUGUACAAUUAUGACAACAUUGGUGAAGUUGUGGAGUUGCUACAUGCUGUGUCUAUAAAAUCACACAGUUCACAAAUGGGUCCUUUGGUCCACCAUCUCUAUGCUGACCACCUGGUCAUCUACACUAAUCCCAUGUACCCACAUUAAGAUCAUAUCUUUCUUCACCUCACCUUAAGUGCCUGACCAUUUCCUCUGGUGCACAUUGCAGGUAUCAACCACUCUUAGAGUAAAAGACAGAUUAUCCCUCGGGUUGUAUUUAGCCUCCUUUCGCAGUGACUAUAUUUCCCACUGUGUUUGAACUCUGGCUCUCUGCCUCACUAGUGGAGUACCGUAACCUUUCACACAUACUUGGACAUUGGCACUCAGUUGUAAACAAGCUAGUUGUAAAUGACAUCCCUGAAACUACCUUCUCUGCAGAGCCACCCAGGCUUCUCCCUUUGACUUCAGAGUUAAUUAGCCUCUCUCAGCAAGAUCUGCAAAGGAAUCUUUUGUCCAGGUUACCACAUGAUUUGUUCCCGAAUAAAGGCCACAUUACACAAGAGCGACACAAGACAAAGAUCACCCACUGAUCCCCAAUAAAAUUGUGCCUCAGAUUUCUCCAGGAAUCUUUCCUUUUCCUUGCAAGUUGCUGAUAAAAAGUGGAGAAAACUCUCCGGGAAUGGAUUCAGCAAACAAACAAAAUGUGAACCAGUGCUUUAAUAUUUGUUGCAGGGUGGUAAACAUCUUCACCUGGAUCUUUGGCCACUCUACUGUGACUGUCUGUGACUGCCUCUGGAAUUUUAACAAUAUCCCUGACUGUCUAUUAUGUAACAAAUAUGUGAACUGUCCAAUUCGGUUCCAAUGUACAAACAUUUUAAAUCCUUUGUGCUGAUUGUAUUUUAUCUUCAAAUUGGCCAUGAAAGCCAUUCAGAUGCAUUGCUGCGCUUUGUGUUGCUAUUUCAAUGUAAUUAAUAACUUGGUCAGAACUUCAGUUCUUGAGAUCAUUGAGCAAAUUGUGUAUUGCAGCUGAAGGGCCUGUUUCCCUGCUCCGUUUCUGAUUCUAGCUGUCGCACCCUGUUGUUAGGCUGGACCAGUUACCUUCUCUUCAUCAUGUUUUGGCCCAAGUGGCAAGAGCUCGCCUUAUGGCAGAAAUUCCAGUUUUAUUGGAGAUGUUUUUUGAUUUUAUUGCACAUUCUUUUUGUAAUAUUUUGCUUUUGACAGUGUUUCAGUUCAUGCCUAAUAUCCAGCAAUGAGAUCAAGCACUUGGCUGCUCACUUAACGUCAUUCAGCCUUAAUGGUAUUCUGUCCAUCCACAUCAAAGUGUAAAUGUGCCUGCUGUAAAUAUAAAUUAGGUGGUCUGGACAUGAUGUUGGCAGCCUUCAUUCUGGAACUGGCUGCACACAUAGCUGCAGCAAAGAUUGUAGUGGUGACUCCAGCAAACUGGUUCCUGCAAAUCCAUGUUCUUGGCAUUGACUUCUCUGUGUUAAUUUAUUUUUAAGUUUAUCCUGUUGUAUAUUUUUUUCCAGUUACUUUUGUCCCUUAGAUAGCUAAUGCAUUUUUCUGAAGUUAGUCCUUGGGCAUUAUUCAAUGUGAUACAAGGUGGUCCCUCACUCCAUAUGGUGUGACUAGCACGGGAAUGUUACACAGUGUUGACUUGUUUUACACCAAAUCCAGAGCCCAUUGGAUGAAAAUGUGUCCCUUUUGAUAACUGGCCCAUGAAUAUCUGCUGCCUGUGCCCUGGGCUCCCUCUUGUGGGGCACAGGCAAACAGCAACUUGUGUCCUUGUCCUGGGCUAGAACACUUAUCCGCUACCUGUGGAUGCCUGAACCAGUGGAAUAAAACAGAGUUCACCUGUAAAGUAAAUGAGCAAAAGCAAAGCAUAGCUUGCAGCCACGUGUCAUUUUCUUAUUUAAUAAAAUAUUUUGUCACGCAAGAGGUGCUGUUAGUAUUUGGUGUGUGGGAGUAAAAUACUGCAGAUGCUGGAAAUCUGAAAUAAAAAUAGAGAAUGCUGGAAACACUCAGCAGGUCAGGCAGCAUCCGUGGAAAGAGGAAAAAUAAGAUUAAUGAUUCAGUUCUGACAAGUCAUCAAGCUGAAACAAUAACUCUCUCUGUCCAGAUUGUCCCCGAGCUGCUGGUUGUAGUGUUCUGUGUUUUAUAGUAGGGAUCCUUUCACCACCAGAGACUGUUUAACCAAUCAUUUUACUUCAGCUGGCUGGCCCAAGUGUGGAACUAUAAUGUCGGCCAAAUAUGUUCCUGACUGAAGGAGUGUUUGCAGUUUGAUUGUCGGCACUCUUGUGUGUUGCUAGAAUGAUGCUGAAACCUUUGCUAGAUACUUUAAAUAAAUGGGGUAAAGAGGCUCUGUGUGGAGUGUUUCUUGGUCCUCCUGCUGUGAGGAAGCAUCUGGCAUUGCUGGGGAGGCAGCAGAGGCAGAGAGCAGGUCCAUACCCUGGAGCCAGGAGCCUUGUGGAGGAUGUGGCUGCAGUCCUCAUGGGGUAGACCAGCAACGUUCCUUCUUGUUAACUUUACUAAAACAUAA